AUGGGCCUCUUCCCACCCACCGUUUUAGGAUUGGGGAGUAAACCAUCCUCUGUGCCUGCGUCCUACUUUGGGCUCUCUGAGCAAUUCACUCCUUGGCACAGCCCAUGGAGGGGCCUCCAGUCGGGGUGUCCCGCCGGGUCCCUCUCCUCCUCUCCGGGCGGGGGCGCUCUCGGGCCGGGAGCCGGGACGCGGCGGCGCGGCCGGGCGGUUCCCGGGACGCGGUGCGCGUCGGGGCGAGCGCGCGAGUCCCCGGCGCGCCCUCCACGCUCGCCCGGCAGCCGCUUCCUUCCCCGCGCCGCCUGCGCCCGGGACCAGCCCGAGUGGCCCGCGCGCCGAGCUCCCGCCACCGCGUCGCCUCCGGACGCCGCCCGGACCGCGGGGCCACCCCGGGAAGGAGGAUCCCGCGGACGGCUGCAGCCCGAGAUCAUGGCUCUUCUAACAGGUGUGAAGUGAUAUCUCUUUGCAGAUUUAAUUUGAAUUUCCCUGAUGACUAGUGAUGUUGAGCAUCUUUUUAAGGUACGUAUUGUCCUUUAAUGCCUAAUCUGGCCCUUUGCCUAUUUUUUAGUUAGGUUAUUUAUCUUUUGGCAAUUGAAUUGUUUGAGUUCUUUAUAUAUUUUGGAAAUGAACCUUGAUCAGAUAAAUUUUUGCAAAUAUCUUUUUUCCCAUUUCACUUGUUACUUUUUCAGUGUGUUGAUGCUUUA